CCCCCCACUCCUUGGCCUAGCCCACCGCCGCCUCCUUGGCCUAGCCGCUGCGAGGGGGGCUGGGAGGGGGGUGCCCCUCGCCUUUAUGGGGGGACCCCAACGAGGAGGAGGGUGAGCCAGGCGAGAGCGGUCGUUGGAUCAUUGCUUGAUAGGGGUCGGCGGGCCUGGAGGAAGAGCCUUGACACAUCGGAGAAGGAUGCUGGACAUCCCCCCACAGGCCCUCCUGGAGUCUCCAGGCCGCGUCUGCCCCACGCUGCCCUCGCUGACCGAGGAUGAAAUCUUUAGUAUCUGGGGAAGCGUGUCGGAAUUUGUGGAGCGUCAGCUGGGCAAGCAUAAGGGGGUCCGGAUUCCCGGCCUCGGAACCUUCACCCUGCAGAGGCAGAAGAUCGAGCUGGGAAACAGAUUCCUCCUCCUGCAGAGGCCCGUGUUUAUCUUGUCCGAGAAGUUUGCCCAGAUCUUCCGACUCCAGCAGAGCAAGGUCUACGUGACGGGUGACAUUCCCGUCGUGCCUCUGAAUUUCUCCGCCAUCUCCCUGGAGGGUCCCUUUCACCGGGACGUGGUGGAGGGCUGCGUGCGGGAGACCCUGCUCUUCUUCUCCCGCUCCGUCGCCACCAAGCAGAGCGUGGAGUUCACCUUCAAGGGCAUCGGGGUCCUGGCCGUCCGAGCCGGCAAGGCGAAGAUGAGGUUUUACAGGGAAUUCCUGAGCGCCAUGGACGGAAGCGGGAACCUGGUGAAGGCCCUUUCCAACAGGCCCGGGACGGCCGACUCGGUGGCGUCCGGCAGAGACGGCCCCGGAGCGGGCCGGUCCGGCAGCAUCGUCACGUUUCCCAGGAAAAAUCCAGAAAUCGGACUUGUGUCUAGGCUGGAGCUGAAGGAGGCAGAAGGGAAGCCGGCCAUGGUGACCAUCACCGAGGAGAAUGAAGCGGGCGGGACUGACAAGAUGAAGCCGCAAGAGCCGGUGGACGAUGGAACGGGUGAGAAAGAGCGCGCUUCCUCCAAGAAGCUGCAGACCCGGCCGCCCGUGUCUCCUCCCAAGGUGCCACCCGGUAACCGGCCCGACGAGGCCGAGAAACCCAGAGCUGGAGAGAAGAAUUGUCCUUCGGAAAGUCCUCACAGAUCACCGUCGCCCGCGGCUCCCAAGGCGGAAACCGACAGCUCCCCGGCCAGACCCAAAACGUCGGCGGUUCCGGUUUGCCAGGAUCACCUCAGGGCGGGACAGGAAAUGUGCUACCUGUGCAUGCAGCGGGCCCAGCGGAACGUGCCCGUGUACCUGAGUGAGGAGAGGAAGAGGAAAGAUACGGAGGAGAUGCGGAUCCUGCAGCAGUACCAGGCCCUGAGAGACCAGGAAGCCCUGCACAAACACCAGAUGCAGAGCCUGGCCAUCCGAGAGCAGAACCAGAAAAACGCCGCCUUUAACCUGGGCAUCGCAGAGGCCAUCCGGAGCCACAAGCAGGAGAAACCGGAAUUUUCUAAGUCCUUCGUGUUCCCGCGGCGACCGCCCAGCGCCCCGCUGAACUCCCAGCGGCGGCAGGAGUAUGCCCGCGGCCUGCUGACGCAGCUGGAGGAGAAGAGGGAGCGGGACACGAAGUCCAGGCAGAACAAGGCCAUCAUGGAGCAUCUGGAACAAGUGCAGCUAGCCGAAGAACUCGCCGCCCAGAGAGCAAAGUAUCUGCGAGACAAAAUGGAGGAAGUCCAGUGCUACCGGAGAGCCCUGGACACCCAGAUAAAGAACCGUCCGGCUCCCCUGCCGCCCUGUGAGCCCGGCUCCUCCCAGUCCAUCUUUGGCAAAUGGAGCCAGAGCACCGAGCACAUGGCGGAAAUCCGGCAGAGGGAGCGGGAUUUCUUCGAGCACCAGCUGCGGGUGGCCACGGAGUGCAAGAGGGCGGCCCUCCUGAGCCGGCUGCAGGACCGGCGCCGGGAGGUGGACAUGCUGCGGCGGAGCAAGAAUGAGUACCUGGCGGACCGGGAUGCCGAGCUGGAGCGGCUGCACCGGACCCGCCUGGACCUGCAGGACCACUGGGGGAAGAGCGCCGAGAUGAAGCGGCAGCACGACUGCGACCAGAGAGCCUUUGACCGCUCUAUGGACAAGGUCUUUAUCCUGGACCAGUGCAAGAGAUAUCGCCGCUGCUGCCAAUGCAAGAGGGGCCUGGCCAACUGCGGGAGCAGCAACCUGUGGCCGCUGACCAAGCAGCAGCCGGGCUCCCGCUUGCUGGUUUAGAGAGGUUCGAGUCUGCCCUGGGGCUGUCCCAGUGCCCCCGAGGGAGGGUGGCACGUGGCCGGGGGCUCCCCGCCGUUGAGUUGGCACCGGUCCUCAGCUGUGGGCGGUCGGCUCUCCCUCUCUCCCAUUAAAAAGAAAA